UCGCAGCCAGUGUGGCAGCUGGGAAUGUAAGGGUUUCAGCACAGGCUGCUAUUUCAGGACUGGGAACAGUAGCAGGGCUGGCCGGGGAGGGACAGGCUCUGCCCACAACUUUGCUCUAGCCAACGCACUGGCUUAACCUCAAGUCCAAACGGAGGGGAGAAGCUGCUGUUUCCCGCCUGGGGUGUCCGUGUUCUCGGACCGCGGCAGAUGGUCAGCGGACAGCCGUUGGUGGUGGCUCACUGCUGGGCUGAAUGCUAGAGGGAACCAGCCGGUGCACCGCGCUUCUUCUUCUUUAUCUCCCCUCGGUCGCUGAUACGUCCCCCUCCUGCCUUGUGGGUCCUGGUACCGGGAUGCAGUGAAGUGUCACCCGUUGGUCCAGUAUAACCUGAAUGUUUCCCGGCGUGAGUAGCUCGGUUAAAUGUGUCUGUUUCGCCGCUAACCAAACCAAACACGGUAACAUCAUCAACAACAAAAACAGCGACGAUGGAGUGAAAUCUGCGGCGGGGGGGCGAGCGACACACAACCUGCCGCGAUUUCCUGCGCGUGAAUAAAUAAAUGAUAGAGGAUACAAUGACCCUGCUGUCUCUGUUAGGUCGGAUCAUGCGUUAUUUUCUGCUCAGACCGGAGACCUUGUUCCUGCUGUGCAUCAGCCUGGCUCUGUGGAGUUACUUCUUCCACACGGACGAAGUGAAGACCAUCGUCAAGUCCAGCCGAGAUGCGGUCAAGAUGGUCAAGGGGAAAGUGGCGGAGAUGAUGCAGAACGAGCGCUUCGGUGGGCUGGACGUCCUGGACGCGGAGUUCUCCAAGACCUGGGAGUUCAAGAGUAACAACGUGGCCGUGUACUCCAUCCAAGGCCGGCGAGAUCACAUGGAGGACAGGUUCGAGGUGCUCACCGACAUCGUCAACAAGAGUCACCCGUCAAUCUUUGGGGUUUUUGAUGGCCACGGAGGAGAGGCUGCUGCUGAGUUUGCUAAGACCCACCUGCCAGAGGCUCUGCGCCAGCAGCUACUGACCUAUGAACGGGAGAAAGAGCGAGACAGGGAAAAAGACAAGGAGAAAGAUGAAAAAAGGGAGAGGAUAAGCCUCUCCUACCCCUCCAUCCUGGAGCAGCAGAUACUGACGCUGGACAGAGAAAUGCUGGAAAAGCUCUCUGCCGCUUACAACGAAGCAGGAACUACAUGUCUGGUGGCCCUGCUGUCUGAUAAGGAGCUGACAGUGGCUAAUGUUGGAGACUCACGCGGAGUUCUUUGCGAUAAAGACGGCAAUGCCAUUCCUCUAUCGCACGACCACAAACCUUACCAGCUCAAGGAGCGUAAGAGGAUCAAGAAGGCCGGCGGUUUCAUCAGUUUCAAUGGCUCGUGGCGCGUCCAGGGCAUCCUGGCCAUGUCCCGCUCUCUGGGCGAUUACCCUCUGAAAAACCUCAACGUGGUCAUUCCCGAUCCCGACGUCAUGUCCUUCGACCUGAACAAGCUGCAGCCCGAGUUCAUGAUCCUGGCGUCGGACGGCCUGUGGGACACCUUCAGCAACGAGGAGGCGGUUCGCUUCAUCAGGGAACGACUGGACGAGCCGCACUUUGGCGCCAAGAGCAUCGUCCUUCAGUCCUUCUACCGCGGUUGCCCUGACAACAUCACCGUCAUGGUGGUCAAGUUCAAAGGCAAGGCCAGCGAAAAGUAGACCGCACGUCUUCUGCGCACAGUAUCUAUUUUGUGUCUGAAUAUAAAUAAGAAUAUACUUAAGAUGAAAUAAGCGCUUUUUGAGCGAGAACUAUUUCUAUCACACAUAUUUACAGCAGUUUGUCCCUCAGUGCAUCUGACCCCCACCCCGUCAUGCCCCCCUCGCCCGCUUUACUUUGCGAUAAAAGUGACCCAAUAAAAAUGUCCUUCAUUUAGUCUUAGCCAUAUCUCUGAGGCACCGUAAAGCGAGCUGGAUCACUGUUAUGCAAAUAAUCUGAUUAAGCUUUGUGCAGCUGUGGGUGCGGCUGUGACCCUGCAUAUGUUUGUUUGUGUGUGUGUGUGUGUGUGUGUGUGUGUGAGAGGUGACAGUCAUUGAUGUCUCUUUGUGAUGAACUUGCACACAUGUCUGACACUAACAUCUGAUUCGUUGCCCCAUUGUAAUGUCCCUUUUAAAUGACAGCAUGAUGUUUCCAGUAAUUUCCAAACUAUGUCUUUCCCUCACUGUCUCCGUGACCUCCAAAUUCUUUCUUUCACUUUUCUGACUUCCACCUUGUCUAUGUUUAUCGAUUAAGAAAUCUGUUGUUCAGCACGGUGGCGGGUUUUAUACACGACCAACACAAAUGAAAACACGUUACUGCUCAUACUGUACAGCAAUAGCACCUACCACUUUGUUACAUCACACUUGCUGGAUGUGGGGAAAUCUUCAUGUUUUGGCUUGAGUUGCCCCGUUUUCUAAUGUGUCUUUAAUUAAAACGAUCGCUAAGAGUUUCUGUUCCACCGAAGCGUUUCACCCUCACGUUUGACCUCCUCUCCUGCUUUUUUCUGGCCCAACUCAUCAGGAUGUGUAACUACUAAUAAUGUAAUAGCUGUUGGAUAAUAUUGUAGCUUGUCAAAGUGUAAUUAAAUGUUUGGAGUAACAACAAAGUAACAUCUCAUUAUGACUAACUGCUAAGUUUUAAUUCAAAAAGGUUAAUGUGUUAUCUCAUAUAAUAGCUGACCGCUAACCUGGAGUGGUAUGAAGAAGGUAAACGGUUCUAUCAUAAUAAUAAAUGGCAGUUUUAAGCAUUAUUUUAUGUAGGAUUUUAUAUUACACCCUUUAAAAGACUUAUUUCACAGAUAUUGACAUCCUAUUCCUUUAUGUGACUUUUGUUACAUCAUCAUUUAUUACAGUCUACCUGAUGAACUUAAACCGACAGCAUACAGUUAUGUUUUCAUCUUUUCACAGCGUCUCAUCUCACUAAGGCAAAAGUCGUGGAUCUUAAUCGCAUCGCUUUUGAUUUACUCUGAACUUAAUCUUAAUGAGCCUUUGAAUGAGAUCAGUUAUCGUUGCCUUAUUUUCUAGCUGUUCAUAUCCUGUUAACGAGUCCGCUGCCAAAACGACUUCUCGGUUUUUCGAUGUAACGCAGUCGACCACACGGCGCACAGUGCACGACCUCAGCGUCAUCCCUCCUUAAAUCAAAUGUGGAAAAGCAAUGAUGAAAACAUGUCUCCGAGAGACAAAUUGUAAGAUGAAUGUACAUACUGUCCUCGUGUAUCACUCCUCCAAUGUUUAACACAGCGGGGCGCCUGUUACCUGAGCUGUUUCACUUCAGAGAUGUAUACCCAAUGAAACUGUCUGUGCUUUUUUCAGUUCACAUUUUUCCUCUAACGUAUGUUACGGGAUGUUUGUGUGGCAUUUGUACUUGUUUUUGUUGGAUUUCAUAAACUGUAAAAAAGAGAAAAUUCAGAAAUUUUAAGGUGUAAAUCACAAAGGUAAGAUUAAAACGAUAAAAGAUCGCA